AUGCAUGCCUCACGGGAGCUCUUGAGUAGUGCCAGGAGGUUUAGAUACCACCGAGACUCCGCUAAGAGGUUCAACGCUAAGAAACAGCCGAUUUCCGAGCUGCCCCCGCUUCUCAGUUUGGUCCAUGACACCUUGACUACUUCGUUAAGAGCUGCUCUCGCCUCGGAUCUCGCAAACCAUCCCAAUCUUCUCCUCUUCCUUUCUUCAUUCGAGUACCCACAGAUAUCGGCAAGCAAGGAUUCGGGGAGAUCCACCUGCUAUUACCCAGUCUUGCGAUGCACAGGGGCCGCGGUGCCCCACGUUCCCGGAAUGAGCCGGGCGAUAUCUGCCUCAUCUCCAGCCCAGAGUGGCGCAUCAGCCAAUGUGCCAGCGCCAUUAUCUCCACCAGGCGGUAUAGCUUACCCUUCACCGUCAACUCGGUCAAGGGAUGAAGAUGGCGGCGUGGGUGGCAGUAACGCGCCGGUCGAGGAACAGGAUGAGGUGACGAGGAUCCUGCGCUACUACCAGGACCAGUACCUCACGUUCCUGACGACCAAGGCGCCUCAAUGGUCCUUCAUCGCAGGCGUUCUGGACCUAGGUCGGACCAACUCUGCGCUGAUGAAUCUGCUCAUGGCCAACGUACAAUACCAGGUUUCGAGCAGAGAGAAAAGAGCAGCCGAUAGAUUCCAAGCCCUCGAACACUACCAGACCGGGCUACAAGACUUUGUUAGUCUGGUCAGCUCGGAUCAGUACGAUCCCUUGACGAUGCUUGGCACGCUUUUCCUCUUGGUGCAGUUCGAGAUCCACCACGGAGAGCACGCCGAGGCUGUCCGCAACCACCUCGACGGGUUCAACUCGGCUGUCCUCACUUACGGAGAUCAGCUGGUGCCGGGACUGCAGAACUACUUCAGCGUGCCCGACACUCCACAGACGGUCUCGACUCCGGACUCUGCGGGGGAGGUCAAGACGCGUUAUACUAACGUGCUGAAUCGGCUAGGUCUGUGGAUGGCCUACAUGGACGCGCUAGCGUCGACAUGGGACCUGGGCGGCUCGGUCAUGUCCACAUUCCUCGACCGGUUUCCCGGGUCGCUUAACUCUAUCUUUUGCGGAUCGAGAGAAGUGGGCAAGGAGAUCUGGGGUGCGAAGUAUCCGGUUACCGAGGCCCUGGAUGAUCUCCAGAACAGACCCGCAUUCGAUCUGUAUCACGAGGCGCACAUCCUUCGGUACCAGGUCUCCCGGUACCGGUGGUCCGAUAAGUCCGGACAAGAAGCCUCAGAGCUACGGCUCGCUAUUACGAGUGGUUUCCAGCAGGUCACAGAGAAGUUUAGCACUCUGUUCGCUGUGGCCGUCAACUGGACAGAUCCUGCAGCGUAUACCUCACGAAUAGUCCUGAACCUACGGUUUAUCGUACCGUUCUUCUACGCCGUGCAGCUGGACUUUUACCGAGCCGCAAGCCCGGACCCGAAUGGUGCCCUAACAACCCCUGAGGCUGCACAGUGCAUAUCCUCCAUCCUUAACAUUGCGACAAUCGUUCAUGAGAACGAGAGCUCCAACUCUCUGACUCGUCUAGCGUGGGCACUUUUUGUGGCGUGUGUCGAGACGCGCGAGUUGGUUCUGCAGAACUGGAUACUCGAGAGAUAUGCUGCGUUGUCUGACUUUGGCGUUGCGCUAUCUCGAGCCCAUACUCUCCUCCAGGCCGUAGUAAAGCAUCAACGCCUGACAGGAGAGGCUGUUGACUAUCGCUCCUGGGUCAGAUCCCGGUCAGAACUGGAGCCGUUUAUGAUUCAUUAG